CGCAAGCUUGAUCCGUCCCUCUUUGACUGGGAGGUCAACAGAACUAUCCAGAAUGCAGUCCUCUCACCCGCACAUUUGGCAGUCAAAAGGCGAUACGAGAACUUCUCCGUGGACCCUAAAGAGUGUCUCUGCCUCAUCAAGAACUCUCACCCCCCUCCGUUCACGGACAACAGCCUCAGAGCCAUCGUCUACGGGAGUGUCAUUAACUUCAAUGAAGUCCACUCCUACUUCAACAGUCCCAGUGUCCCAACAACUGUCACACACUCCCUCAGGAAUGGACUCGUGUUCCAAAUGGCCGAGACCUCUUAUGCCCACAAAGUCGUCAACCAUGACAACUGGAAGUUUGUCUGGGACAAAUAUGAGGAAAUCCUCAACCACAUCUUCAAUGGACGGCAAGCCAAGCUCAGAAGAUACUACAAGUUCAUCAACAACUUGUUCCAGCAUCACCACCCCAGCAUGGACCCACAAGUCAUCGUCUUCGAGAAAGCCUGCCGUGCUCAUAUUGCCUCGUCCCAUGGAACAAUGCUCUUCAACAACAUCCACGAGUUCAUCGAGCUCAAGGAGUCUUAUCUCAAGGUUACUGGCCUUGCCUAUGUGGCUCCACCCAGUGAGGCCGGCACUAGUGGAAGUAGCAGAGAAGGUGGGCAACCAAAGAAACGACAAAGGGAGAUUUGUCAGAACUGGAAUGGUGGUCGGUGCUCAGCUGACGACUGUCGCUACCGACAUGUAUGCUCCAACUGUAAAUCCAAUGAUCACUCCAGCAAGUCUUGCCCCAGCUGA